CCAGGCAGUGAGUCCGGGGGUCGGGUGAUGGAGGCAGGCCCCCAACCUUUACCUUCGUUCUCUUCUAGCUCUGGCCUGCUGUGCAGUUAGCCAACUUCUACCUGGUCCCCCUUCAUUACAGAUGAGCACACCGAGGUCCAUAUAAGUGAGGUAACCUGUCUGUACCACCAACCAGUGGCAGAGUGGAAACUUGAACCCACAUGCUAUAGCGCAGUCGUUAAGCCCCGCCGGCUUCCCGCUCUCCUAAAUCUGGGGCCGCUUCCAGCCCUGGCGCCAGAACGCAGAGUCUCUGGUUCUGAGGUGCGCCCCUCCGGGUCUCGCAAGCGGCCGGACUCGAGGCUGCGGCCGUCAUUGCUUCUACAAUCAGUGCAUGUUCCUCGCUGACGUCAGUAGGAGCUGUCCGGGAGCUAUAUAAGGCUGGCGGCGGUCCCGGGACAGACCCCGUGUUCCCCAAGGCGCCCUCAGCCCGCCCGGGGGACAGAGACUAGAGCGCCGUCCUGCAACGUGCAGACGCUCUCCGGCAACCUGUGAGUGGCUCCGAGGAGCAUCCGCCCUGACUCCCUCAGCACCCGGACUCGUCGCAUAGCUCACCCAUCGCGACUCGCUCAGAGGGACGGAGGGAGGACAGGGUGGCGCUGGGCUGGGCUGCGGCUGGAGGGAAGGCUGUGGGCACGGGCGGCAGCCGCAGGGGCCCAGCGGGGGAGCUGGAUGAGCGCGGGAAGGGGAGUGGCGCCACCUGCCCCGGGCGCACCUCACCCUGCGCUACGCCUGUGUGUCCAGGGCCGGCGGCACCAUGAGGCAGGUGGGACGCGCGGCGCUGCUGGUGGCGCUGCUGCUCCUGGCGGCGCUGCGCCCGGGGAGCAGCCAGUGGAGCCCGGAGGCGGCGGUCGCGGGGGUCCGGGACCCGAGUCUGCGCUGGAGCCCUGGGGCGCGGAACCAGGACGGCGGGGCCCGCGCGCUACUCUUGCUGCUGGCCGAGCGCUUCCCGCGCCGCGUGGGGCCGGGAGGAUGGGGACCCCGGACUGCGGGAGAGCGGCCGAGACGGGACGACCCUCCGCUAUCCAUUGACCUCACCUUCCACCUGCUGCGGACCCUGCUGGAGCUGGCGCGGACGCAGAGUCAACGAGAGCGCGCCGAGCAGAACCGCAUUAUAUUCGAGUCCGUGGGCAAGUGAUCUUCGAAGGGGUCUGCGGCCACGAGAACCUCGACCCCCGUCCCCCACUCCCUGGGCCGGGACGUGCGCGACUGGAACUGACCCAGUCCCGCCGGGCUAUAGCGGCCCAGGGAUGCCCUGAGCACUCUGUGCGUCACCAGUUUUUAAUAAAAGUGCUGAAGAGC